AUGGGACCACCACCCCCCAUCCCGAGUCUACCUCUCGUUCCCUCCAAAGCCGCUCUACGAGUCCUUCGACGACUAGCCUGGUCCCCUGCGACGCUUGUCAUAACAGCCUUCAGUAGUGCCUGUGGCAUUGCAGCCGUCAAUCACGAUGUUCACCGCAGGAUCCAUCUCGCUGAGCAAGUCAUCGAAACUAAGAACAUCCUGCGCUCCGUCUCCCACGGAACAGCAGAAUCCCAUCUCGAGAGCCUGUUUAGAGCUGCUGAGCGAGGCGAAGACUGCACUAUGCAUUCGAAAAGCAGGAAAGGUUCUCGCUCGUCGCCUACCUCUACGGUAUUCGCGAAGGACAAGAAAGAGUCUGAUCACUUGAAAGUAGACAGCAGAAUUCAACCGAAAAAGCCUCUCGACCAGCGGCGUGUGGUCGAUUCAGAAGAGGUGGAGCAAGAUUUGUUGCCUAAGCUAUCCAAGAUCCGAGGAGCUCGUCAAAAGAAAUUGAAUAACCCUGAGCUUCGACAUUUGGAUGCAGAAGAGGUGAAGUAUGUAGCCGGGCAGAGCGACCGAGUCAAUCAGUACAAAGCCAAUAAACAAGGCAGUCGACAUCUCGAGAAAGAGGAGUCAAGGCGUUUAGCCCGGCAGAGCGUCCAAGUCAAUCAAUAUAAAGACAGUCCGAUCUCCCAAUUUAAACCAUAUCAAGGAAUUUCGCAACCUGAAAGAAUAAGAUCAACGACUCGCAUACCACACAGCCCAGCAUACUUACAAGUUAGGGUCUUCAAUCAUGCUGGCAGUCGUCGCCAGUCGAAAGACCAAAGCAACGACCUCCGCUCCUAUUCAAUCACUGCAGAUGGGGAAUCAGCCCUCCAGGGUGGUUGGUGUCCCGAUGGGGUCCCAUGGCGAAUCACUCCAAGAAGGCUGAAAGCAAAUAUCAUGGCGGAUCGAACUCUGAGUGAGCUCCCCCAAAGCAUAGCAGCACCACUGCUUGAUAUCAAUACUCCUCCCAAUCUUCUUCCACCCUCUUCUCAAAAUGCUUCUCGAGAGCUGAAGAACCUUCUUGGAAGUCACAAAUACCACGAGAUCAUCACCUUCAUUUUUCAGCAGGGUCGCCAUAUUUCUCUUGAAGUUGCUCGGUGGCAUUUAGUUCUGCGUUACUUUUUGGCGCAAGCUCUAGGCAACCGCAUGCGCAUCGCAGCCGGUCUCGUGCUGAUGUAUCGAUUUGCAUUUCCACUUGAAAUGUGCACUUUGCCACCUGUCCUGAAGAUCGUCGAACAUUUUCUCGAAGACGAAUCCUGCUUUGAUAAAGCCGGCGAGAUACUGUUCCCAUCACUCUCGUCGGAUCUAUGGCAAAAUCCCGAGAAGACGAAUGACUCACUCAUAGCAGUCGCCUAUCUAAAGCAUUUCCUAGAGACGCACCAAGACCUUGAGAGAUGGAGUGCAGAGUUGAAAAAGGUGCUUUUCAUCGCAAAAGGGUCUAGUAUAUCUUUAGGCGAGGACUUCGCAGUUCCAGUUAUUGAGUGUCUUUGCCAUGCCGGAGACAUGGACAGAGUAGUCAUUACUAUGGAUGAACUGGAGAAGCACUGCGGCGUUUCUCUGACUCAUGCUAGUUUGGAAACUCUCUCUAAAGGCUACGCUGUUGCCGGUGAGUGGCAGAAUGUAGCGACAGUUCUAGAGCUCAUGCACAGUAAGGGCUAUUCGAGAGCCCACCCUGAACGCUGUCAGUCUUUCUAUGCGAGGCUCAUUGAACUUUACAGUACGGUGGAUACGGCUGAGAAUUGCUUUGGUUUCACGAUUCUCGCCAUCAAGACCUCUGGCCUCAUUCCAGGCACCCGCGUGUCAAGAGCAAUUAUCUGUGCAUCAAUCAGAGAUGGACGACACGAACUCAUUCUUGAAUGGGGUCGCUUGGUUGACAAAGUCUACACCCGGUUAGAGCCUCCCUUUUCGCUUCUCGAGGGUGGACUGCAGUUUUCAGCGGCUUGCAAAUAUAUCGGGGCCAGCUGCGUAGAGAUCGCCAGCGCGUGCCGAGCAAUUGCUUACGGAGCUCGCAAGGACCCAUUCAGCAAAUAUUUCAGGGGCAGUGUGUCAGCGCUCGUGAGAGAGGAUUUGAUCUAUAGGUUGCAAGCACUUGGGGAAGUCAACCAGAGCAUUCCAGACGACUUGAACUCAACAUCCACUGACGAAUUGAUAGCCUUAGCUCGUGGGAUUGAGUACAACAAACCGAAGUUUCUCACUACGCCGCCCGUGGAAGCCAAGCUGGAACGAGAACUCGCCCAGCAAGUAGAAGCAAUCGAAGAACUAAAAAUCGUUUUCGAAGGGGGUUGGACAAUGAAUGAUCUCUAUGGAGAUGAAGAAUCGAGGAAGAGAACUCCAAAUUAUCAACACCUUCGCCGCCCGUUGGCGCAGGAAUACGCCAGGUUUGAUCAAGCUCCCAGCUCGAUGCCCGAAUGCCUGAAGCAAAGCCGACGGUCCUCAUAUCGAGAAAUUCUUGAAGCAAUUUCACAGGAUUACAUGUUGAGAACAAAGGCUGGCGAGACUAUUGAUCACUCUUUACUGAAGUAUGCCGUUCGUCAACUAACCAGAUGUUUCCGAGAUGCCGAUGCAAUAAGGUUGAUCUGCGCCAUUUACGAGAGUGACGACGUCAGAGGGGUGAGGGGGAUCCCGUUUGACGAAGAGCUCUUCACCAUGUGGAUUCACCUUGCAACCGCGUCGGGGACUCAAGACUCUAUGAAGGCACUGUGGGCGCUCAUCGACUCGCUCCGGCUCUUGAGGUUCACAAACGACUUUCAGCUCCUGACUCUUUACGCCUACGUGACGCAACAGCGUCGAAGUUUGGGCAUGUGGGCCGAAGAAUGGGCUGGCGAUCCUAAGCAACCUACUGAGAUUGUAUAUGCCUACCUGAAACUCGCCACGGCGAGGGAUUCCAGCAAUGCUCAGUACCACAUGCGGUUUCCCACGUGGAAGCGUUGGGAAGAGGCGAUGAGAGCCAGAGCGUUCGACCCGGAUCCCUGGCGGCUGGACAGCUAUCUGGACGAGUCAGUUGACUAG